AUGCCCCACCAUGCUGCAGCAGCUGGAGCUGCGCACCUGCACCGCCGGCCAGGACCAGCAGCCGGACGCCGAGCCCAGCCUCCGGCCUACCGACGCCGAAGUUUGGGGCUUCUCUUUGCUCGCCGUGACGGUGGUCAGUGCCUUUUCUUUGUCCGCUGUGUUUGUGGUGCCCCUGAUGAAGACGCGCUUCAUGCACAAGGUGCUGACGUUCUUCAUCGCCCUCUCCAUCGGGACCCUCUACUCCACCGCCAUCAUGCAGCUCAUACCAGAGUGUGGGGUUAUGGCUUCCUGUGUGUGACAGUCAUCUCCCUGUGCUCACUGGUCGGGGCCAGCGUGGUUCCCUUCAUGAGGAAAACCUUUUACAAGCGCCUGCUCCUCUACUUCAUAGCCUUGGCCAUUGGCACACUCUACUCCAACGCCCUGUUCCAACUCAUCCCAGAGGCCUUUGGUUUUGACCCCCUGGUGGAUUAUUACUCCAAAUCUGCUGUGGUGUUCGGAGGCUUCUACCUCUUCUUCUUUGCUGAGAAGAUUCUCAAAAUGAUACUGAAGCCAAAGAGUGGAGGCCAUGGUCAUGGCCACAGCCACUACCCUGCGGAGCGCUACACCUCCAACGGGGACCUGGAGGACAGCCUGACGGAGAAGCUGCAGAAUGGCGAGGCGGGGGGGCUCUCCCUCUCCCGGGUGGACGGUGAGCUCAAAGGGGUCGGCGAGGACGACAAGAUGCUCAGCACACACCAGACUUUACAGGACACCCAGAGUGCUGGAGGUGGGGGUGGCAGUCAUGGGCGCGGCGGCUGCUACUGGCUGAAGGGCACGGCCUACUCGGACAUCGGCACGCUGGCCUGGAUGAUCACGCUCAGCGAUGGCCUGCACAACUUCAUCGACGGCCUGGCCAUCGGUGCCUCCUUCACCGCCUCUGUCUUCCAGGGCGUCAGCACCUCGGUGGCCAUCCUGUGCGAGGAGUUUCCCCAUGAGCUCGGUGACUUUGUGAUUCUCCUCAAUGCGGGCAUGAGCAUCCAGCAGGCACUCUUCUUCAACUUCCUGUCGGCCUGCUGCUGCUACCUGGGCAUGGGCUUUGGCAUUCUGGCCGGCAGUCGCUUCUCGCCCAACUGGAUCUUUGCGCUGGCUGGUGGCAUGUUCCUCUACAUCGCCUUAGCCGACAUGUUCCCAGAGAUGAACGAGGUAAGUCGUGAAGAGGAGGAGGCGGGAGGCAGCGGUCCUUUCGUCACCUUCGCCAUCCAGAACGCCGGGCUGCUCACAGGCUUCGCCAUCAUGCUGCUCCUAACCAUGUACUCGGGCCAGAUCCAGCUAGGGUAGCCCCACUGCACCUCGCCCCCUCCCUACAUGGACCAGGGUCAUGGGGCACUUACAUGCCCCCCACCCCUCUAUUGACCUAAGACCUGUUCCAAAGGGCUCAGAGGAAGUCCUUGGAAGACCCUCUCCAUCUCAGGCCCCUUCUUGCCAGAACCUCCCCUCCUCCCUCCCUUUUUUUUUUUGGAACUGUUCAUGGCAAUGUCUGAAGGGACCCGACUUCAAACGCUAAAGAAUAUGCAUAUAAGUACUUAACUGACAUAAGUACAACCUCUCUGAUGCAGACUACCCUACGUUAUUGCUUUUCAUCUCAUCGUUUGCCCUCACUGAACCUGCCUUCCGCCGCCUGAGGAGACACGUCUGGCCUCCUCUGUCAUUUUGAUGCAAAAAAAAAAGUACCGUAUUUUCCGGACUAUAAGUCGCUCCAGAGUAUAAGUCGCACCAGUCAAAAAAUGUAUUAUGAAGAGGAAAAAAACAUAUAUAUAAAAAUAUGUAUGUUGCACCUGAGUUGCAGGACUGGCCAUCUAUGAAAGAAAGUGCGACUUAUAGUCCGGAAAAUACGGUAUAUACCGCCAUCACAUUGUAGUUUUGGUGUAAUAGCAGUGAGGAUGUGUGUCCUAGCUUCAAUUCCCACCUAGUUGGAGCUCUGUGACUGUGAUUCUUCCCAAUGGAGCAGACGCUGUUGUUAAGGCAGUAAUC